GCAGCGGGGAGGGGGCCGCAGCGAGGGGACGGUUGUUCCCGAGGGUCGCAUCCUGAGAGCUGCCCGCGGCUUACUGGGUUUUGCCGUUAGUUGUGAGGCAGCCACACUUUGCUUCCCCUGGCUCUGGAAACGAGUAAAGAGAGACAGAAAACAAUCUGCCGGAACCCGAAGGGACCCCCGGCGACCCCGCUAAGCGUGGUGCUUCAAGUGCGCAGGCGCCGGCGCGCGCGGGUCAGGGAGCAGUGGGCGGCGGCGGGUCCCGAGGCUGCGGUUCCGGGGCGGGGCCGUCAGGAACAGGCCGAAUAGGCGUCUCCGGGCCGCGGCGGCAGCAAUGGCGAUUUUUAGCGUGUAUGUGGUGAACAAAGCUGGCGGCCUGAUCUACCAGUUGGACAGCUACGCGCCACGGGCCGAGGCUGAGAAAACUUUCAGUUACCCCCUUGAUCUGCUGCUGAAGCUGCAUGACGAGCGUGUGCUGGUUGCCUUUGGCCAGCGCGACGGCAUCCGGGUGGGCCACGCAGUGCUGGCCAUCAAUGGCGUGGACGUGAAUGGCAAGUACACGGCCGAUGGGAAAGAGGUGCUGGAGUACUUGGGCAACCCUGCCAAUUACCCGGUGUCCAUUCGAUUCGGCCGACCGCGCCUCACCUCCAAUGAGAAGCUCAUGCUGGCCUCCAUGUUCCACUCGCUGUUUGCAAUCGGUUCCCAGCUGUCUCCAGAACAGGGCAGCUCAGGCAUUGAGAUGUUGGAGACCGACACCUUCAAGCUGCAUUGCUUCCAGACACUGACGGAAAUGCCCAUCAGGUGUGAGCUGUUUGACCAGAACCUGAAGUUAGCCCUGGAGGUGGCAGAGAAGGCUGGAACAUUUGGACCUGGGUCAUAGGCUGAGCCUGCAACGGAUCCCCCAAAUUUUGAGAGAUCCUAUAGCAGAGAUCCUGCUGUAUCCACUCCAGUGGAGAUUCCCACAGCCUCGUUAGUGCUCUUGAAGACGGGAGGGUGCUGAGCCUGAUGACAUGUACUGAUCCCUGAGCCUUAAUGCCAUGCUCUCUGCCGUCCUAUAUCUAUCAGGAGCCUGAUUCCCAACUCUGUACAGGGUUAUUUAUGGAGGGAGUAGGCCCAUAAAUGCUCAUUAAACAUUCAUUUGAUCUGUUCGCUAUUCUAAUUGAUGGUUUGCGGGGGAAAGGCUCUGGUGGGGAGAUGGGAAUGAUAAGGAAAUUCUAGGAAGAUGAGCUAUGGUCUGGUAGAAAACAAGUAAUUGUUCGCUUGGUUUGUUUUGUUUUUUUAUAUUUUAGGCACAAGUGACAAAUGUAUUUCUUUUUAUCGUUAUUAAAGUUGACAAGUGACAAAUGUAU